AUGUUGUCAAUUCUCCGGAAGGCGCAGUUAAAGGACAAGGAGAUGCGGGUAUUGAUGCUGGGUUUGGAUAACGCGGGGAAGACAACCAUCGUGAAGCAUAUCAUGAAGGAAGACGUCAACACUGUGAGCCCGACGUUAGGCUUCAUUAUCAAAACUAUUGAUUACAAAGGUUACAAGUUAAACAUUUGGGAUGUCGGAGGUCAGAAGACUCUCCGCAGUUAUUGGCGAAACUAUUUUGAAAAGACCGACUCCUUGAUCUGGGUCGUAGAUGCCACCGAUAGAUUCCGACUUGAGGACUGUGCCACAGAACUUCAUGGACUUCUUCAAGAAGAGCGGUUACUUGGAGCGAGUUUACUAGUCUUUGUAAAUAAGACCGACGUCGCUGGAUGUAUGACUCAUGAUGAAAUCCGGGAGGGUCUUAAACUCGACGAAAUUAAGACGCAUAAAUGGACGAUAUUGCCUUGCAGCGCGAUGACAGAGGCCGAAGAAUAUCAAAAAAAUACCUAA